AUGAACAAUAAAAAACAUAAAACUAAAAAUCGUGCAAAAUUAAGCCCGGCACCAGUGCAAAUACAAGAAAAAACCAAUGUGACCCCUGAGAUUGAGCAUACUGACUUAGUUGAGCAAAUUGAACCUAAUGUAAAAAACGAGGAAAGUGUUCAAAAGAAAGAUGAAAGUAAUGAAUCUUCAACUGUCUUAAAACACACAGAAAUUAUCCAGAAAUUAGAUGAUGUUAAGGAAACUGUUGUUGACGUUACUCCUGUUGAUUUAGAAUCGCCAAUUAAACCAAAAAGAAAUAAAGGUAAGAAGAAGAAACACAUUGUACGUGAAAUUGACCAAAGCAAUAAACCUGAAGAUAAUAACAAGACGGAUAUUAUUGAAAAUGAAAAAAGUAUCCCCAAAACUAAUCCAAUUAAUUUCACAACACAAGACCAAAGUUCUGUUCAACCAAGCGUUCGUAAAAAGAAACAUAAAGGUAAAAAUCCUAUCGGAUCGACUGGUGAAAUUUUAACCGAUAUAGAGUGUGUUGUUGCGCUUUCGCCACCAGAGGAAAACUUGAAUAUGGAAAACAAAGACGAUGAAAUCAAAGAUGAAUUUCAAAUUAAAAACAAAAAGAAUAAGAAAAAGAAACGCAGGCACGACUCCGAAAAAUUAGAAAAAACAGAGGAUAAAACAUCCUGCACAGCUGCUUUUGAUGAUUUAGUCACGGCAAGAAACAAUAAUAUCAAUUCGGAAUAUCCCGUUGAAGCUCCUACGUCGACUAAAGAAAUAACUAAAGAUGUCAUAGCUGCGUCUGCUGGAAACACGACAAUAAAGUCAACCGUAGAAGAUUUAUCUGUAAAUAGAUUUGAAAAACAAGAAGAAAUUGAAACCCAUAAAAAGAAAAAGAAAGAGAAAAAGCAUCCAAAGCCUAAAAACGACAAUAAAAUAUUUUCUGAUAUUAAAAACUUGGAUACAACUUCUGAUGUAGUCGAAACAAAUACAAAAGAAUUAACUACACAUUCGUCAUUUCAAACUAGUAUCUUAAAUGAACCCAAACUACAAGGAACUGUUGAUAAGCCUGUGCAAAUGAAGUGUAUGCGUGAUCAUGACAACACAGUAACAACUGAAAGUGGUUCAAGGAUAAUGGAUAUUGAAAGUACUUUAUUUGAGAAAAACAUAAAUGAAUCAACUUUAAGUUCAACAGACAUAACUAAAGACUCACCAGUUCAGUUGAUAGAAUCUUCUCAAUUAAGUCAAAAUCCAGAAAAAACUGAAUAUUCUGUUAAAAACGUUGGUGACAUUCAUGCGGAAAACACGCGAGAUAGUUUAGAAAAAUGUGAAGAAACCGUAAAUCCCUUAGAUAAUAUAAAAAAAGUAUCAAACAAAGGCAAAGAAUGUGAAUAUAAACUUAAAACUGAGGAGAAAAGGAAACUGCCGGAGGAAACAAAUACAAUUGAAUUUUGUGAAGUUAAUGUUGGAAAGGAAUUAAGCCACAAGCCAGAAGAGGUUUCUAUUGCCAAAAAAGAUAAAAUGGUAGAUAUUAAGGCAGAGUCUAUAAUUGAGACCGAGCUGAUACAUGAAAACAUUAUAAACAAGCAGGAUAUUUCAAUACAAAAAGAUAUGAGUCACAAUAUAACAACAAAUUUGGAUGAAUUUAACGAGAAGACUCCUGAUUCAAUUGACAUACCUCGCUCAAACAGUCAGCAGUUAUUAGAUGAUAAUAAUAAUAGCAAUGUGAUUAUACAAGAAAUAACUUUAACAGAUGAAAUAAAAUUGGGAAUCCCCAUUUUAACUUCUAAUAUAAUACAGGGUUCUGGGGAGACGCCAGUAUCAACCCCGAACAUAGUUGAUACUGGUAUAAAUGUAACUGAGUUGGAAAGUAUAUCAAAUAAAGAAGAAAAAACUGAUUUAAAAUCUAAAAUGAUGGAGGUCAAUCAAGAUUUACAGGAGUUAAAAAUGUCCCUGGAAAAAUCUCUUGCAGAAUUGAACGCUAUCGAAAAAGAUGAUCAAAAUUGCGAAAAUAAAAUGAAAUCAUAUGAAAUGGCUGAAACAAAAACAGAUGAAAUAAAUAAACCAAAAUCAGAUAUACCAGUAGAGGGAACGAAUAUAUACAAACCCUUAGCAGAUCGAUUAAAUGAAAUUGAAAAUAAGUUUACUCGCGUAGAAGAAGAACCUGUCAUAUCUACUCAGAAAGAUGACUUAGUCAAUGAGAAUUUGCCUACAGCAGCAAAUGAACAUGUUACAAUACCUGUUUGUCCGUCACGAAAAGAUCGUAAAGGUAAGGUGAAAACUAAAAAGAGAGGAAGAAGAGAACCAGAAACUAUAUCCCAAACAGCAAAUGUUACAGCCGAAACACAAUCCCAAGAAACAAAAAAUGACAAUAAAAGUGAAGAAAAACCCAAAUCUUCCGACGAAAAAGGCAAACAAAAGGAUUCUGGUGAAAAUGAUAGUUCAAUUGAACCAAUGUCAUCAGAGUUGCGUUUUGAACCAAUUGAAAAUUUCGAAGACGCAUUAUCAACCAGUGUUGACGAUGUCGACGUAAACAAAACAUUUGAGGUAAUUGCUAAUGAAUUAAACAAUGAUCCUCAAGACAGUCAAGUACAAAAAGAAUCAUUUUUCAAUAAUCCAGAAAUCAAUAUAACACCUCCAUUAGAGGACGCAGGGAAAGAUGGAAACCAAAAAGAACCUGUUUCACAGCCAAAAAACUUACUUGGCCAACCCAAAAUAUCUGUAUCAUCGAGUAAAACCGAUUAUAAAAAGGAAAAGAAUAAAACGCCUAACUCUAAACAGGCCAAAGUGAAAAUAAAAGAUGAUGAUGUGAAUAUAGAAUUAGAUAAUCUUUCACUUAAAAAGUCUAAGCAGUCGCAAACAGAUUCCAAAUUUAAAUUGUCAAAAGAUAAAAACGUGGAAUCAUUUUUAUAUGUGACUAAUGAAAAAGACGAAUACGUAUAUAAAUACAGUUUCCGAAAAGUUUUUCUUGCUAGCGCUUGUCACGUUUGUAGGAAAGAUUUAAAGCAGCUACGAUUGCCUUGCAAGUUUUGCAAUUUGAUUUUUUAUUGUAGCCAAAAGCACAAGGAUGAAGACUGGCCCCGACACCAAUCAUUAUGUUUUGCAGUUUCUACAAUAGUCCAUUUAAAAGAUCAAAAAUACAUAUACGCCGAUGCAAAGAAUAUGUCCGGACAAAAUUAUCGUUUAAUAAGAAUGCAGAUGAUUUUGUCUUGCGAGAAGGUACUCAAGCGCAAACUUUUACCCUGGGAACAGGAGGCUUUGCUUUACCCGAGGAUAUGUGCGGAUGUUCAGUGUAGAGAGUGGAGGCAAUCAAAACUAAUGGACUGCGAGGGGUGUGGUCAGGUAUCAUACUGCAUUGAACAUCCAGAACACUUAUCACCGAACCAUCAGCGCUGGUGCAAGUCCUACGCCCUCUAUCAGAAGCUUGUGUUGUAUCAGCAGUCGAAGGGGAGACUGAUGCCGAAGUUGCCCGCCAAUGUGAUGAUGGACGACUACGUUAUACCGGGGAAGAUAAAUGAAGUUCUAGCUUCGAUGUAUGAUGAGAAAAUCGAUAUGUCAGACAUCCAGUACGCAGCGUUGACUCAACUCGCGACAGCACCGCUCACUGCUGCCUACUGCCACCAGAUCUAUCGCCAGGCGGUCAACUACUCCAAUGGGCUUAAUAAGAGAUCAACUUUCACCGUCCACGCUGUAGGAGCUGAGCUCCAAUUCGAAGCGGACUCUCUCGACAAGUGGGAGGUGUUCCUUCUACAUCUGAAGCCAGACGUGAAAGAUCUCCGUGUGACACUAAUCGGAACUGAACUCAAUCCCUCCAAACUGCCGCUGGAUUUACUGGGCAAGAUGAACCUCUGCGAUCACUGCUGUAUGAGAAAAAGGCGCGUGCAGUUCAGUUUCCAGGACAAGUCAUAUCAUGAAUACUGGUCUAGUGACGACUUUACAGUGCCAGAUAUUGUAUGCGCUUUCAACCCCAACAUCCAAAGAUCAUCGUUGUACAAUGAAACUAAUGCAUGGCCAUCCACCAUCAACUGUAUUAUGAAGCAAAAAGUCCCAUUUCUUAUAACAUCUCACACGCUCGAGGAAUUGCAAAGAGAUUUAGAAUACGUCGAAAACCAUACACAAGUAAAUUACAAAGUUAUAUCAGUGGCCAAGAAUAAUCCCUUUGCGAGUGUCAGACCUGAUAGAAAUUUCAUCACGGACGAGGAAACUACUUUGCUGUUCAAGAAUUAUUGCUUUGUUGUUUUGUGUGGUGUAUAA